AUGCAUAAUAUGGGCUAUGAUUACGACGAGUUUCCAAGCAGCAAUCAAUCCCCAUUUAACAAUACCACGCAAAAUAUCAAUAGAAGUGCUCAUCCAGGAGCUGUUCUGUUAGUUUCUCCAAACACAUCAAGUGCAUCUCAAAACACAUCUAAUAUAUUAAAUGACGGAAUAAAUGUGCCACAGAAUGGAAAUUUGAGUGGUCAGCAUAACGGAGGCCUACCAAUCACUGAUUUCUUGGAUCAACAAAGGUCAAUCUUCACAGACCCAUCGAAUACAGUUCCAAACUCUAUUGUAGGAUUCAGCAAUCAAAGUAACGGAUCAUCUUUAAUGAAUAACAACGUCGCUGUUUCUCCUUCUCUUAACAAUAUUCCACUGAUGAGUCACAGUCAACACAAUUCAGCAGGCUCUGAAUUAGUAUCACCUACUCCUUAUUACUUGGAUGUGAAUGAUUCGAAAUCCAACGUCGAACAAUCAAAUAGCAACCUGAACUUCUUACAGAGUGCAGGUAAUGGUAGCAGUUGUCAAGAUUCACAGGCAAUAUCAUUCAAUCAAAAUAUAAAUGGCCUAAGUUCUUGGGUUCCGCAACUUUCAAGUCUACAACAAAAUAUUUUGAUGUCUUCCUUAUUCCCACUGUUGCAUGAAGAUGUAUUGGCGUCAACUAAGCUGAAAUUAGAUAAUAUGUUGGCGACGUACGAUCAGACAACUUUCAAGAACCAAGCUCAUAUAAUUCACAUUAAUAAUUUUACUAAUGAGACAAAUAGUAAGGAUAUUAUGGGAAUGAGUUCUCCUAACAUGUCAAGAGGGUCAUCUCCCCUAAUGAGAGAAAAUACUUACCCAUUAUCAAAUAUGAGUGAUCUAUUUACAAGCGGAUCUACCCCAAGUCCAAACGCAAAUAAUGACAAUAUUUCGGUUUCCAGUAUGCGAUUCAAAAACAAUGCUAAUAUAUUCAAUCAAUGGAGUAAUAGUACUUUCAAAAAUAAUUUGAUGGGGGAUUUAGGUAGCGAAUUCCAAAGGCCAAAAUCAGUCGACCCUUAUGUGAUACAGGCUAUUAACAACAAAUCUAGUGGUUCUUUGUAUAACAAGAAACUUUAUACUAACUCUGGUAAUGUUAAUGGAACUACAAUUCCUAACAGCAUCAAUAAAAAUCAAGCAAAUGCUCACAACAAUAACAUUCAAAAUAACUUUCAUGGUAAUAAUAAUAUGACUGCAGGAGUUAUGAGUAGGAAUAAAUCUGCUAAUGAUCAUGAUGUUAAAAGUAAAUACCCUUCUCCAUAUUAUAGUGAGUCAAAGAGUAGUCAAUGGAAUUCUCGUUCCAAUACAAGUUUUCAAAUGGAUAAUAACUAUGUACCAUAUGGGAAUGCUAAACAAAAUACUAGUUCCAUUAAUAGCAGCAGCAAUGCACAAGCAAAUACCAACGCUUUUGGCAACCAUAACAACUCCUCUAUGAAUCCAAAAAGUUUAACUGAUCCAAAACUAUUAUCAAAUAUUCCAUUAUGGCUAAAAUCGUUAAGGUUACACAAGUAUUCAGAAGCAUUAAAAAACAUUAAAUGGACAGACUUAAUUGUUCUGAACGAUUUACAGUUGGAAGAGUUAGGUAUAACUGCAUUAGGUGCACGCCGUAAAUUAUUAAAGGCAUUCUUAGUUGUUUUAGAUUACCAAGAAAAGGGAUUAAUACCAACAGCUGCAUAUACGGACACUGACGAAACUUUAAAUCCUAAUUCCAACCAAAAAAAUCUGUGGAAUCAUAGAUUUACUAAGUAA